CAUCCGCUUUGUAGUUUAAACAUACAUAGACUAUAAACAAAUGUAAUUUUUUAAAAAACAUCCAAAAUGUGAAGUCCUUACAUUUUCGUUGAAGGCUAUACCCGACGCUACCUUGGGUGUGGCAAAUGUACACGCUUUUUAUUCAAGUGUUUUUAUGUAAGGAUAGCUUGGGAUAAUGCAACAAGAUCGCACAGUCAGCUUUAAGGGAAGGAAACUCCAGAUUAAGCUGCACGCACGAAAAACAAAAACAUCGAGCCAAUGCUUAACUUCCGAACCUGCGUGUAUAUAGAGCAACAAAGCAUUGAGUAUGACAACAUCUUCUAAUUUGAAUAAUAUAAAUCUCGAAAACCGCAUCAGAUGUGUCAUCACAGUCGGAAAAGAUAGCUGAACUAAAGACGUAAAAUCUAUUUGAUCAAGUUACCAGUCUUCCAACAACAUCUUAACUUAUUGAUGUGUAUCAUAUAGCUUUUUACAGCCUAUCACGAUUGAAAAAGUUUUCAAAACUGUCUUGUCGGCGAUAGAUGGCCAAUAACGUCGUAUAAUUUGAUAAUAUUAUCCUCAUGGUAUCAAUAGUCUGUUGUUUAUUUGAAAGUAUUUAGAGUAUUGCAAAAAAAAUUACCGAUAUAACUUUCUGCAGCAUUUUUUAAAAUAUGGACCGGCAAAGUCUCUGUUCCGACUUACUUUAUUGUAUAGGCAAUGCAUGGACUGACGAAUUAUUAUAUGAUGUCAAUGUGGAAAUUGAUGGUAAAUCUAUCAAAUGCCAUACAUUUAUCCUUGCAGCUUUUUCGGAAUUUUUCAAGGAUAUAUUUACAUCAACAAAUGAAAGAAGAAACGCGCAUGUUUCUUUACAAAAUAUCCCUUUUGAUGUGUUUGAGUCAAUUUUAAAAUGUCUUUAUACCGGCGAUAUUAUUUUAACUACCGACAAUUAUUUUGAUAUCUGGAGGGCAGCUAGUUUUUUUAAAAUAAAAAUUGUAUUGAAAUUGUGUGAAAAAUUUGCUAUUGAUGCUAUUAAUAUGGACACAUGGGAAAGCAUUUACAAAAAUGCAACCAUUUUAGAAUCAAACAACGUUCUCCGUCAGAUUCGAAUAUUCAUGACAGAAAACUUUGAACAAACUAGUCUUACAUCAACAUUUCUUGAGCUGAGUUUCUCUAUAGUACGCGGUCUGAUAACAAGUCACAAACUCAACGUCAAAAACGAAGACGUGGUUCUUGACGCGGUGAUUCGGUGGGUCAAUCAUGCCCCUAAAGCGACGAGUGAGUUAGUCGAAACCAACGGGGAUGGUGUUAACAGCGAGAAAGGACCGAACUCUGUGGGACAGGUUGCUACAGACACCACGCAACCCCAAGACUGUCCGCAAUGUUCGAGGAAAGCAAAACUUCCUAAACUGUUACGGUACGUCCGGACAUGCCUUGUAAGUCAUGCACUUUUAACGCGCGUUUACAAGAUGGACGUGAUAUCCACAAAUAAAGAUGCAAGAGAAAUAAUUGUCAAAGCUAUACUAUAUCACGUGAAGAAUUUUAGACAAGGUCAUUGGCCCAGCGCUGCUCUACACAGAGCUUGUAGUGGGUACACACAUGGUGGAGUCUUUGCAGUUGACGGAGGAAACUUUAAAUUUAUAAGUGCACACGAUGAGAAGAUGUACACCAUUACAAGAAGCGAUUUGUUGCAAGACUGUGUUCAGUUCACCACCGUUCAGGGUGAACUGUAUGCUAUAGGCAAACAACUUUCCUCUCCCAAUGAAGAAUUGAGUAUUGCUGUCUUUCGGGAAAACAAGUGGAAUUUUGUGAUGAAGAUGGAGAUAAAAGAUUGUUUGUUUUUUUCACAAAGAGAUUUAAUACACUGUUACAACCAAGAAGAUUAUAUUUUAAAAUCCAUCAAUUCAAAAUCGAUUGAAAUUGUGACUAGGGGAAUAGCGAUUAGAAAUCUGCCGCAUGUUGCUCAUGCAAUGAGUCUAGAAAACUAUAUUUUGUUUUUUUAUGCAGAUGAUUUUGAGGGCAUUUUUACGACUUGCGUCAUUAAAUUUGAUCUCUGCUCCAAAUCCGCAGAAAAAAUCACUCGGCUCCAAGGAUCCGCUGAAAAUUUGACUAGCUUUAGGAAUGAUAUAUUUCAUUACGUUUUAAUGAAAGACGGCAGUCUGUGGCUAAUAGAUUAUUGUCCAUACAGCUGCGUGUUCGAUUUUUAUUUUGUUAAAGCGCUCUGGGAAUCGGAUAGAGAGGUGUACGGUGCGUUUGCUUACGCAGGGAAACUUCUCAUUUUCGGAAAGCAUCCGAAUUCCGGUUCGCCUGACGAUCAUGUAAAAAAAAUUCAUCGUCACUUUCAAGUGGUGAAGUACUUGAGCAUGGAAGCAAAAUGUUCCAAUAUUGCUCCAGUCAUACUACCCACAGCUGUUCUCAGCGAGGUUGAGGACGAUUCGUAACAGUCAAGUUGUACAGUUCAACAUCUAUAUGAAACACAAAAAUAAUGUUUCUCAUACACACAUAUACACACACAUCGACACCUAUUGAAGUAAAUAUAUUCUUUUAUAUUUAAAAAAAAUAAUGUUGAAAUAAUUGUCUCCCACAUAUUUCUACGUUGCUUUUAGCCAGUCCAUUUCAGAUAAUUAAUUAAAUACCCCAAUCAAUCCUAUAACUUUGAAUCUUUGAACUACGAGACCAUUAUUUUGUCCUUUACAACAUUGUUAAGGAUGCUUCAAGCGGCUUUGAAUGAAAGUAAAGCAAUUUUUAAACAAAAAGCAUGUGGAUGUAAAAUGUAAUCGCCUGUAUUUCCAACUUGUUAAACAAAACAAAAAUGUAUUUAGUGCUUUUCUUCAAUCCAACUAUGCUUCUCACCAUCAGCAUAUGUAGUUGUUGAUUAAAUAAAAUAAAUGUU